AUGGGUUUCAAUCCAAGUCAAGUCCAAGAGUAUGUGGCUCGAACAGUGAAGAACGAAAUCCACGUGAAGGAAAUCCAGACAUUCAUCGAGGACAACACCAUCAUAGUGGGGCUACUCCAACUUCCCGUUCAAUUAGAUGCCACUUGUGCCACUUGCUUCACGUGGGGAGAGGAUAUUCUACCAAUGGAUGCGAAGACCAUGACCAUACUCUAUGAGGCCAUCGAGGUCAAACGGUGGAGGGAAGACAUGGUUCAAACUGGAAAGUCUGGCAAACCAGGACUACUUGACGACGAGCGGGCGAAAAGCUACCGACUGCGUUCCCAAAUUGAGACAAUAAUGGGAGAUGAAGUCAAGCUGGUUGAGUUGAUCGCGUUCAACGGUCUCUUGAACAAUGUUAUCGAGUUCCACCCAAGGCACAGGGACGCGUUGUAUAGAUUGUUACCGGAAUUCAAUGAUUCCAUGCUCGGCAAGCAUCGCUAA